AUGACUCAUUCGUCGACUUCUCAUAAUACCGGUGUAUUGCUUUCAACGGCGGUUGUGUACAUUGUCGAUGCCAGCGGAACAAAGCAUCCGUGCCGCGUUCUAUUAGAUAGCGGCUCACAGGUUAACUUUAUAGCGCGAUCUUAUGCCGAAAGGUUGCAAUUGAGGGCAAAUCCGAGUAACAUAAAAAUAAUAGGAAUUAACGGUACAACCAGCAGCGCGAGCGAGGUCGUUGUAAUAAAGUUACAUUCACGAUUGAACGAAUUCGCCGCGACAAUAGAAUGCAUAAUAACGGAUCGCAUAACCGAGCGUCUCCCGGUGUCGUCAAUUGACAGAACGGAAAUACGGAUACCGCCGACCAUCAAAUUAGCUGAUCCAGAUUUUCACCGAAGCUCGGACAUAGACGUGUUGGUGGGUGCCGAAUUGUUUUGGCAGUUGAUUUGCGUGGGGCAAUUAAGAGCCUCCCACGCGCACCCUACGUUACAGAAAACGCACUUUGGCUGGGUUCUCGCCGGUCGUUUCGGCGGCGAGACGCGUAAGACGCGCGCCCGCGAGAUAGGAGCGUUCUGCGCGUCGGUAACCGAGUCAGAAUUGCAAAAUCAGUUAGCGAGGUUUUGGCAAUUGGAGGAGAGCUGCCGGCCUCGCGAUUCGUAUUCGAGCGUGGAACGUUUUUGCGAGAAACAUUUCCGCGACAACACGACCAGAGAUGAUCAAGGUCGGGUGAUAGUUACGCUACCAAUAAAGGAGGAUAAAAUAAGAAAGCUGGGCGAUACGCGCGACGUGGCCCUGCGACGAUUUUACGCUCUAGAAAAACGACUAGAUCGCGAUCCGAUUUUGAAGUCGCAAUAUAGCAAUUUUAUCCACGAAUACUUGUCGCUCGGGCACAUGAAAUGGAUAGAUAGCGUGAAUGACGAUGACGGAGAUUUGCCGGCGUGUUAUCUACCCCACCACUGCGUGCUAAAACCUUCAAACGAAACCACUAAGUUGAGGGUGGUCUUCGAUGCUUCGUGCGAGAGUUCAACCGGAGUAUCGCUGAACGACGCGCUUAUGGUCGGCUCGACGGCACAGCAGGACUUAUUCUCUAUCAUUUUGCGAUUUCGUACGCUCGCGUUCGUUUUUUCGGCGGACAUUGUCAAAAUGUAUCGCCAGAUACUAAUCAAUCCGAAACAAACUAAAUUGCAGCGUAUAUUCUGGCGAGACCACGCCGGCCUGAUCUUACGAAUAGGCGAACUAUUAACAGUAACAUACGGAACGGCAGCCGCCGCGCAUCUAGCAAUCAAAACCCUUGAAUACUUAGCGGAGACCUACGCAAAACAGUUUCCCGUAGGGGCGGAGCAUAUAAUGCGCGAUUUUUACGUUGACGACAUGCUAUCGGGUGCCGAUACGCUCGAGGAAGCACUAAAAAUAAAGAGCGAUGUCGUUGAAAUUUUGAGUCGCGGCGCGUUUCAGUUAAGCAAAUGGUCCUCGAAUCAUGUAGCUCUGUUAGGUGAAGAUCAAAACAAACAUAACGCCGAUGUUCAAAUCGACAGGGAAUCGACGUCGCGCGUCCUCGGAAUUGUUUGGAAUCCGUCUACGGACACAUUCCGUUUCGCAAUUGAGAAGCCGGCAAACACGAAUAAGAUAACGAAACGUAUAAUAUUAUCGGAAAUCGCGAGGCUGUUCGAUCCGUUAGGCUUACUCGGCCCGGUCAUCGUAUUACCAAAAAUAUUGCUCCAAGAGAUUUGGCAAUUGAAGCUGCAAUGGGACGAAUCCAUCCCGCUGGAUUUGCAUACAAGGUGGUCCGCGUUUAAAGAGCAAUUGACCGCGCUGAAUGAAUUGAGAAUACCGCGAUUCAUCAAGGAACGCGGCGAGCAUUCGCGAUUUCAGAUACACGGAUUUUGCGACGCCAGCCAGCGGGCGUAUGGCGCGUGCUUAUAUAUUCGGAGGCAAAUCGGGGAGAAUGAAUUUCGCGUCGACCUGUGGUGUUCAAAGACUAGAGUCGCGCCUCUGAAAACGAUUUCCAUUCCUCGGCUGGAGCUUUGCGCGGCGCUAUUGCUAGCGCAAUUAUGGGACAAGGCGCGCUCUUCUAUCGAAGUGGGAGAGGCGCAGUCCUUUUUAUGGUCGGAUGCCACAAUAGCAUUGCGGUGGAUUUCGUCGUGCUCGAGGAAAUGGUCGGUAUUUGUUGCAAAUCGCGUCGGCGAAAUACAACGGCUAACACGCGCUUCGGACUGGCGGCACGUGCCGUCAGCGCAGAAUCCCGCCGAUUUGUUGUCUCGAGGUAUCUACCCGCAUGAGAUUCGGAGUUCGGCAUUGUGGUGGCACGGCCCCGAGUUUUUGAGGGAGGGCGAGGCCGCGUGGCCAAGGGAUAAUCCAUGCAUCUCCGAAUCUGAGAUGCCCGAGAUGCGAAGGACCGUUGCCGUCGCUGUUGCGGCAACGGCGAAUCCGUUCGUGGAGCUGGCGCACAGAUGCUCCAGCUUAAACAAAUUGUGCAGGAUCAUGGCCUAUUGCCUGCGAUUUCUCAAACCGCAUCUUCACCCGCACAGAGAAGCAG